AUGCACCUUUUCGGCACUUUUCUAUUGGUUAGCUGCGUUUUCAUAGUUCAAGCAUGCGGACCAUCACAAACAAUAAAAGGACCACCAGGAGAACCAGGCUUACCAGGAGAGCCUGGACCUAGAGGUUUUCCAGGAGAGCAAGGACCAGUAGGAGAACAAGGAGACGUAGGUGAUCAAGGACUUCGGGGUAUGAGAGGAAUGGAUGCGGCAGGGUAA